AUGGCUCCUGAAAGGCGGUCCCGACUCAGCGAAACUGCUGGCCUCUUUGUCUCGCUCCUGGCUCUCACCAGCAUUGUACCGGUGCAAGCGGUUGCCACAGUGCCUCAGACAGAUUAUGCAAAGCGUGCUGAGAGAGUACUCAGAAGCGCCCCAUUGAUCGAUGGACACAAUGACCUCCCUUAUGCCAUCCGAAAAUCCACCCGUGACCAGAUCUAUGACGGGAAGCUUCCUUUUGAGACUUCCCUGAAGGGCCAUACUGAUCUCCCCCGAAUGCGAAAGGGCCGUAUGGGUGGACAGUUCUGGAGUGUGUUCAUUGCUUGCCCUUCAGACCCUAACGCUCCAAUUGAUUUGCCCACGUUCGCGACUAGGGAUACUCUCGAGCAAAUCGAUGUUGCAAGACGACUUGUAGACAAGUACUCGAAGGAUCUCAUGUUCUGCGAUAACCCCGGCUGCGCAAAGAGAGCCUUCAGACAGGGUAAAAUCGGCAGUUUCCUUGGUAUUGAGGGAGGCCAUCAAGUCGGCAGCUCCAUUGCGGCCUUGCGCCAGGCCUUCUACGCCGGAGCUCGAUAUAUGACCAUCACUCACAACUGCGACAAUGCAUGGGCAACUGCUGCUUCCACCGUCAGAGCUGGCAAACCCGACUUGGGUAUGACCGACUUCGGCCCUGCUUUGAUCAAGGAGAUGAACCGUUUGGGUAUGCUCGUCGACCUUUCACAUGUGUCCCAUCAAAGCAUGAGAGAUAUCUUGAAGGUCACCAAGGCGCCGGUCAUCUUCUCUCACUCUUCUGCCUAUGAAGUUUCCAAGCACCUGCGUAACGUUCCCGAUGACGUUCUCAAAACGGUUGCUAAGAACAACGGCGUUGUCAUGGUCACUUUCGUGCGCACUUUUGUUAACGUCGAUGACCCUGAUUCUGUGGAUGUUAAUACCAUCGUUAAGCACAUCUUCCAUAUUGCGAAGGUUGCUGGAUGGGACCAUGUCGGUCUCGGUGGUGACUACGAUGGUACCACUGAGCUCCCAAAAGGCCUUGAGGAUGUUUCGAAGUAUCCAUAUCUCAUCGAGAAGGUGCUUGAAGCCGGUGCCACUGAGGAACAGGCCCGCAAACUUGUUGGAGAAAACGUUCUUCGUGUCUGGACCGAGGUGGAGCAGAUCGCAAAGAAGAUCCAGAGAUCUGGAGCUCUCCCUGUCGAGGAGGUCUGGAAGGGCAGAAAUGGAACUGCUCUCUCGGAGCGAUCCACGUUCAUUGAAGGACCAGCCCCGCUUGCGUAUGGAUGCGACUAA